AUGCCAAUGCCAUCGAAAGCACCCGAUGCAGAAGGCGCAAAACAAGGCGUCUUCGCCUAUGCAAAAGCAUGGGGAGAGAACCCCCUCCCGCCAGUCCUCCUCGCAACCCUCAUCACCGCUCAGCACAUGCGUCCAUUCCAAACCCUACCGAUGCUCUUCCCUCCCAUCCUCCUCUUCUCUUCAUACCUAAACAUCCAAGGAUUCAAGAAAGAUAGUGCUGGUCUCAUGUCGGCGUGGUCGAUGGCAUACUUUGUGUUGGCGAGGAGGAGACACUAUCCAUUGGCUAAGAAGUUUGGCGCGAGGGGCAUUGUGAGGGGCGCGAGUUUGGGGCUGUGUGCGGCGAAUGCGGUGGCAGGCGGGUGGGCUUAUUGGAGAGGGACUAGGGAGGAGAAGGAGGUUUGA